CACACAUCGACAGCACGCCAUGAAGCGGGUGCGCGAGGAGAACGACGGCGGCGAGCGGCCCGCGAAGGUGCGCAGAGUACCUGCGAAAGACCGUCUCUCAAAACUGAGUGACGAGCUGCUUGUGCGCAUCCUUUCAUUCGUUCCAGUGCCUACGCUGCUCCUCUGCCAACAGGUAUCCAGGAAGUUUAGCCGUCUUGCCAUCGACUCUGAGCUAUGGAAAGCCGCAUACUACAAACGCUUCGUGCUCCCGCGAGCCACGCGAAUACCUGGCAUCAAAGACACCAGCGCCUCCGACCACCUGCGCUACUCCUCGCAGCUGUCAAAAUGGCUGGAUGAUGGACACCUUUUGAGGAAGGGAAUAUGCACAAACUGGAAGCAGCAAUAUCGGUUACGGCAUAACUGGUCGCAAGGGCAGUGUGCAGUCAGCGAAAUCGUUGUUGCCGAAAGACCGCCAGACCCGCCACUUCUUGUUAUGAUGUCAAGCAGCACGAUAUUCACUGCCGACUCUCUAUCAGGGCUACGAGCAUUUGACUCUAAGAACGAACGCGAGUUGAUUGCUUCCACGCCGCUGCUGAGGCCGGAGGCAACCAACCCACAAUUGCCGACUUCGAUGGCCAUAGACACGUCCGAAAGGGACACGGGACAUGAAAGAGUAGUGAUAGGUUUCGAAGAUGGGUCAUUUACUAUUUACACGCUCAGGAGAGAGGACCAGUCAUUCAGAACGCUCUUUGAGCAUGCUCCGUCCACAAACGGAGCUCUGUCGGCCGUCGCCUUCUCCUCACCGUAUCUGCUUACUAUGACCGAGUACCAUCUACUUUCAAUGUAUGUCUUUCUAGAGGACACGCAGCUAGAUGAUACCCUCGGACCCCCAAAUCUGCUGUACUCUCUCCAAUCCCAUACUGUAUGGCCCCCUGUUUCGCUGUCCAUCCGUACCACGACAACAAGUAUGACGGCAUCAAUCGCGUAUGCGCUACCGACGUAUCUCUCCGGAUGGACCGUAGGCAUCCAGGAAAUGCGACUUACGCACGAUGGGGAGCUCCUAGAAUCUCGAUUAGCCACUGCCGCUGAUCAGCACUCUCUCACGCUUUCAGGGCAGCGUUCCAUGUCGUCUCCAACCACGCGCUCUUCGUCGCCGUUCCCUGGAGGAUCGAGAGAGCCCGCUUUAGCAGACAAUCCCAGCAACGCCAAACCCACAUCAAUGUCAUAUUCGCAUCCAUACCUACUCGUAGCGCAUCCGGACAACACGCUCAGCUUGUACCUGGUCAAGUCCACGGCUUCUUCGCUCUCAAUUAGCGCCGGCACCCGUCUAUGGGGCCACACCUCUUCCAUCUCUGGCGCCCAUGUCGGUGUACGAGGGAAAGCCGUUUCUGUCAGUCGACUAGGAGAUGAGCUUCGCGUGUGGGAUCUGGAGGGUGGUAUGGCAUCGUCAACCAACCGCAGACGGUCGAAGAACGGCGAGUUGAGUGUGAGGAUCCAACCAUCGAAGCCGAACAACAACUCGAACGAGGUUCAGGACGAUGGACGCGUUCGGAGGUUUGAUCUCCGAUUCGCUCUGGACCAAGGCUUCGACGACUCUACCGUAAGUCGGGGCUGGGUUGGAUUCGAUGAGCAGAAUGUGAUAGUGCUGAGAGAGAAGCGGGAGGGUAGCCAGGCGCUCGUGGUGUAUGACUUCGCCUGAGCGUGUUGAUGAUACUUGAAUAUAUUCGAACAGUUACUGCGGCAUUAGCAACAAUAGAACAACUUACUAUCAAGCUUGCUCACUAUAGGAUCGGAAUGUGAGCGUUCUAGAGAGCCAGUUUAAUUGUUAUUCGACGUUGAAAGUCGUUGCCGC